AUGGCGGCCCUCGCUGUCGCAAAGGCGGACAGGACGUCGUCGGCGGCGGGGCCCACUUCCCUCGCCGGAGGGGGCCGCCUCGUCACCAGAGAGUAUAAAUCUGGGCCGCAGUUGGCGCAGCUCGAUAACGAAGUGAACCCGGGGGCCCUCGCGCCGUCGUUAGCGGCGGGCGGCGGGCGGCGGGCGGCGGCUCUGCAGCUCAUUUCCUGCCGCCGCGCAAUCUGGCGGGGGGCGCCGCCCUCGUUACCGUCUGCCUUCUUCUCCGCCCGCCUCCUGGUAGCGGACGCGCCCGCCGUUUCCCCUGGGACCGCCCGCAUUCUGCGACUGAAUGCCCGCUGCCCGCUGUGCAGGCACAACGACCUGCCGUGGAACAUCCGCAAGUUCGCGCGCAACCGGCUGGCCAACCUGAGCUUCGGGCUGGACCUGCGCGCCGUGCGGCCGUGGGCGGCCAGCGCCUGGUCCCACACCGACCUGCCGCGCCUGCGCGCCGGGCAAGUCGCAGCGCAGUUCUGGGCGGCGUACGUGCCGUGCGAGUCGCAGUACCGGGACGCGGUGCAGCUGACACUGGAGCAGGUGGACGUGGUGCGCCGGCUGACGGCCCGCCACGCGCCGCCGCUCGCCUUCUGCACCUCCGCCGCAGACAUCGAAUCGACGCACCAGGCGGGCCGCAUCUGCAGCCUGGUGGGCGUGGAGGGGGGCCACUCCCUGGGUGGCAGCCUCUCUGUGCUGCGCACCCUGUACGCCGUGGGCGUGCGCUACCUCACACUCACCUCCACCUGCAACACGCCCUGGGCAGACUGCUCGCUGGUAGAUAACCCAGGACAGCGCUCAGAAAACAAGGGCCUCACUAAGUUCGGCAAGGUGGUGGUGCGCGAGAUGAACCGGCUGGGCAUGAUGGUGGACCUGUCGCACGUGUCGGUGCGCACCAUGGAGGACGCGCUGGCCGCCAGCCGCGCGCCAGUGAUCUUCUCGCACUCGUCGGCGCGCGCGCUCUGCAACAGCUCCCGCAACGUGCCCGACAGCGUCCUCAGGAAGGUCGCGCUGAACCGCGGGCUGGUGAUGGUCAACUUCUACUCGCGGUUCCUGACCUGCAGCCAGGACGCCACCGUGGCCGACGCGGCGGCCCACAUCGAGCACGUGAGGCGCGUGGCGGGCGUCGACAGCGUGGGCCUGGGCGCCGGCUACGACGGCAUCAACAGCACGCCGCGCGGCCUGGAGGACGCGUCUGCCUACCCGGCCCUGUUCGCACACCUGCUGGCCACCGGCCGCUGGUCCGAGGCCGACCUGCGCAAGCUGGCGGGGCUCAACAUGCUGCGCGUCAUGCGCGCCGCCGAGCAGUUGAUCACAAUUAACAAACGAUUCCAGCUGGCGUCUGGAAAUGCAGGUGGUGCUGGUGCCGGUCCGGGCGCUUGCGCCACUCCUCCGCUGCUCUCGCAGGUGUCUGUCUGCAGUCAGUGCUGA